AAGAAACCGUAUUACUUGACAACAAGGUGGAUUCGACUUAAUUCAACAUUUUCUCACAAUUUUAUCAUCAUAAUUCUGUCAAAAAAUGAUGUCGCCAUCAAUAUUUCCACCGAUCAACUUCCUUUUUCAAAACUCUGCUCUGCUCUCUAGCUUUGCUGCACAAAAAGCUUUGUCAAAUGGUCAUCCAUCAGGUUCGUCACUUGCUGCAUUGGAAAAACUAUCAAAAGCGUUCCGGCGACCGGAUCUUCAUAUUGAAAAGCUUGCUUCGUCAUGCAUUGAUAAGCAAAAGGAUUUGAAAAUGACCAAUGUGGUCCCAUCACGAAAUCGAUAUGGUCGGCCAUACAUCUCUGGGCGACCACUUCUAACUUGUGAUAGGCAGAAAAUUGUGGAAUGUUAUAAGAAGGGAAUGAAGAAGAUUCAUAUUGCUAAACAAUUAGGGAUCACUCACAGCUGUGUGAGUAAGGUUUUAAGAAGGUACGCUGAAACUGGUGAAAUAGUUGCAAAAGCAUGCCGAACAGCUUCUUGUUCCUGUCCUGGAUCUGCAGAAGAACAUGAUGCACGGUAUUGCAAACAUCUUCAGGAUAACACUAUUCGAUUAUUUUUCUCGAUUGAAAACCUUCUUCGGAAUGAGUCAACAUCCUCACGUAUCAUCUAUUUCUCAAAGCCGCCAUCAUAUUCAACACUUGAAAUUUGAAUUAUCAACUUUCAAAUGCCCAAUGACGUUCACUUUGGAAAUAAGUCAGAGAUUUUAAGUUAAUAAUAUUGUCAUAUACUUGGAAAUGGAUUAUCAAAGUUUUAAUAUUACCACUAUUGUUUUAUCAUCGUAUGAUUUCUCGCAAAAUAUGUGAUUGAUUUCUUUGUCCGGUUAUCGUUUUUUUCCUGGUUGUCGGAGUUUUACAUAAAAUUAUUUAAAAA